AUGAUAGCGAGGGCCCGGGAGCGGGAGAUUGGCUUAGAACUUCUUAGGAAGCGGAAUCCAGUUCAGGCUCAGUUAUCUGAGGGGGAAGUGAAAAAUCCUAAGACUGUUGAUUCAUGUUCGAGAGGCCAACAAGGUUGGAGCUGCUAUGGAAAGUACGGUAAGAUACAGCAGGGGGUUUGCAGGGUGGGUGGUUCUGAUUGCUUUAAGUGUGGCAAGAUUGGUCAUUAUAGCAAGGAUUGCACCACCACCUCCCAUGGGACGUUCCUAGUGAAGGGUGAACCAACCAUUGUCCUUUUUGAUUUGGGCGCCACCCGACCAUUUGUAUUUCUUGCUCUCAGCAAGAGGUUUGGUGAUGCUCCUGGAAAGCUUGAUUAUCUGCUAGAGGUAGAUAUCACUGACGAUCAUCCAAUACGUGUAUUGAGGGUUCAUCGAGGUUGUGUGAUGGAGUUAUUUCAUGAGUGGUACACGAUUGAUUUGGUUCAUAUACCUUUAGGCGAGAGCAAGGGUUUUUCUGGGUUCAAGGUCUAUGUGUUGGAUACUAGAGAGGAGGGGAAGAAAACAGUUGAUGAUGUGCCGAUCGUUCGAUAUUAUCCAUAUGUGUUCCUGGAGGACUUUCCUGGAGUGCCUCCGGAGAGACAAGUUGAGUUCCGUAUUGAUCUGGCUCUAAGUGCAGCUCCAAUAGCCAAGGAACCUUAUCGGUUAACACCACCUUAG